AUGAACGUUCAAACUCAAGAUACAAAUCGUGAAGAUUGGUUAUUAUGGCAAUUUACUGAUUCUGCGUUGCCAACUGGAGGUUUCGUAGCUUCUGCUGGAUUGGAGUCUGCAACUCAAGCAGGACACGUUACAAAUAAUGAAUCUUUAUUAUUAUUUUUAAGUAGUAGCAUUGACAAUUAUGCUUAUAGUUCGUUACCAUUUGUUACCGAUACUUGGUGGGCUAUCGAUAUAGAAAGUUCGAACAAUGAAAUUUUAAAAGAUUCUGUGAAUGAUAUAGAAAAAAUUAUGGAAAAAAUUAUAGGUUUAGAUGAUUUAUAUGACGCUUGUACAUCAAACUACGUUACAAAGCGAGCUUCGAAAGCUCAAGGUGUUGCUAUGUUAACUUUGUUUGCUAAAUCUUUUACUAAUGAAGAUAGUCAAUCAAACAUGAAAGACUUUCUAGUAGAAAAGUUUAAGCUUAGAGUUAGAAAAGAAAUUUCAUAUGGACAUUUGCCGAUUUGUUUUGGACUGGUUACAAAGUGUCUUGGAAUUAGCUUGGAGCGGACACAACAUCUUUACCUAUUCUUAUUUGCUCGUGCAAUUUUAUCAGCAGCUGUUCGAUUAAACAUUAUUGGUCCAUAUUACUCUCAAAGACUGUUAACAGAAUGCCAAGUGUAUGUUGAAAAGUCUUUAGAAAAAACCUGUAAAUUGAACAGUAAAGCUGCUGUACAAACAUCACCAUUGUUAGAUAUCUUGCAAGGAAGACAUGAUAAAUUCAAGGAUGAUACAUGCCGUUAUUUUCCAUCUUCUGAAAAAGAUGAUUGUAAUGAACGUAAUUUUUGUGAGGAGUGGGAGGCCGCUGCCAUUGGAAUGAUCCUUGCUUCUGUCGUUGGUGGUUUGGCCUGGUUGCAUUUAGUAUCGGUUCUACUUGGUGGCAGAGCAAGGAGAGAAAAAUCCUGGAAAAUAUUAUCAGUUCUGUUCUUUGUAUAUGCUAUUCUGCAAUUUUUGAGUAUUGGUUGUAUUGCUCAUCUUUAUACAACUGCUGAUCUAUUUUAUUUUGGAACAAAAUACGAUAUUAGUUUUGUACUUGCCAAUGUAUCUGCUUCAUUGAGCAUUGUGCUUGGAAUUACUCUGUUCAUGAACG